UUUAUGAUCUCUUAGUUAUUUGUAAUAUGAAAUGUACCUAAAUUUGAUUUUUUAUUGAAUAAAAAAACCUACAUUUAUAUAAUCCUUAAGAACAUAUAUUAAUGCUUGGCAUGUAUCUUCAAUAGCUUGGCUAAUUGACUGCCGCGACAUAAUGGCCGUAAACCUCUCGUUUUUAAAGUAUCAAGGUGUGAAACGAAAAGUAAAAAGUAGUAACGUAAGUUAUAGAUACUUACGUUGGCAGUCUUGUAUCUUACCUAUUAUCCCAUAGUAAAAUUGUGUGUGAUAUUAAACAUUAAAGUGUUCAAAAUAUUUAUUAAAAAUAAAAUACAUAUUACAAAAAAAACAAAAAACGCCGCCGUUUGACCCGAUGUGAAUAUACUAUUCCACAUAAUAUUCAAAUGUGUGCGUAUACACAUGUGUAAGUAUAAGAGUGUAUUUAAAGCAUGGGUAUGUUCGAGUUGAACAAUAAAUAACGCAAUAUUGCAACCCUGUUACUUACUUGAUACUCUGUUGCUGAUACUCAGCUGAUAGUCUGCAGCAAUAUUGCGAGCAUAAUUUUCACAGAACGUUAUUCUUUAAAAAGUCAUCGUUAAAAUGGAAAUUUAACGUAUUUAAUAACUGAUGAUAUUAUGGAAAAGCAAAGUGACAAUUUUUUAAAAAAUAGAAACAAAAGAUGAAGGAUUAUGAUACGGAGAAGAGAGCUUUUGUUAAAGGAAAGCUGUAAAAGAAGAAAAGUGACAAAAGUACGCAAUUUUUUUUAAAUUGAAAUCAUAUCCAGAAGAUAUUUUUCUCUCUCAUUUUCGGAUGGCUCGCGCGGUAUUUGUUAAGUUAGAAAACGCUCUUAUCCCUUUUUGGUCCCCAAUGGAUACCAAAUAUUCAUUGAAGCAAUCCCAAUAUAUUUCAUUAUGGAAACUGGGUAACAGCAGAACAACGUAUCGCGAACUAUCUGAUCGCUUUGAUGUGGGCAAAGGAACAUCUCAUAAAUUAUUUUUCAAAACUAUAAAAGCAAUAUGCUGUCUUAAUGGCGAAAUUUCGUGGCCCACGGUUACUGAGCAACAGCAAAUAAUGGAAAGAUUCCAGACAAUAAGAGCGAACUCCUUUCCUUUCGUUAUUGGGUGUAUGGAUGGAAUUCACUUUAAAAUAAAUACACCAAAACAUGAUGCAAUUAGCAACUACGACAGUAAGGGAGUACAUUCUAUGAUUAUGCAGGCUAUAUGCGACAGUAAGCUUCGGUUUUUGGAUGUAUUUAUUGGCUUUCCUGGAAGUUGCCACGAUGGUAACGUUUGGAAAAGCUCCCCAAUUUUUAAAGGAAUCACAUCCGGCGAGGUUCCAAUAGCUGGUGGUGGCAUAAUUUUAGCUGACUCAGCGUAUCCCCUGUCUAAAUAUUUGAUAGUCCCAUUUAGGGACAAUGGGCGCCUUACUACUGAUGAUAGGAAAUUUAAUCACUACCUUAGCUCUACCCGAGUGCUUAUAGAACAAGCAUUUGGUGUUUUACGACAAAAAUUCAAAAUACUUAAUCAUAUUGAUGUAAUUUCUUUAAAGAGAGUCUCUAAAGUGAUGUUAUCUUCUGCUAUUUUGCAUAAUUUUAUAAUAAAUAAUGACGAAGACUCAAAUAUUGUCGAAAGCAAUGGAAUAAUACCAAAUACUAAUGAUGAUCCUGAAACAGAAAAUAUAAAUAAUAUUAACGACAGCAGUGAAGGUAUCUCUCGGAGAAAUGAGUUGAAAAUGUUGUUCACUUCAUAAGAAUUCAAUUUCUUUAUUUCAUUAAUUUUUUGUAUGCAUUUUCAAAACAAUAUAUUUUGAACUCCACUUGAUUUAAAUUAAAAAUCUAAAACUAAAUUCACAGCAUUGUAUUUAAUAAAUGAAUUAAAACUAUAGUUCAGAAAACUGAUUUUCUUUUCAUUAAAUUUGUAGCUAAAUACUUGCAAAUGUUACUUUUGCAAAAAUUUAUCCAGCACUUCUUUUAAUCCUAGCAUUAUUUUAGCCUUUUCUUAUUCAAAUUCCAACUUUUCUCUUUCAAACGUCAUCACUUCUCUAUGCCGGAGUUUUUCUUCUUCCGAUUCCUUUUUUAAAAAUUCCAACGUUUCAUUUCCCCGAUACUGUGCGUCUUUUUUUAGCGAAAUUUUGCUGGUUUCCCCUCACGUCUGAGACACUCUCCACAACAUCAUUGUCCUCUCGGAAAAUUUUGUUUGCUCUUAUGUGUUCUGCAGUCGAGCAGGUUGGAAGAUCUAAUGAGUUUUGUAGGUUUUCAGAUGGAGGAUCAACUCAAUGUCUAUUGCCGUAAACUUCAUCAAAAUCAUUAAAAAAAAUUCCCAGUUGUUGUAUCUCUACCUGUUGAUCUAUUCCGCUUUUUUAUUCUUUUGUAAGUUGCUAGCAUGUUGAGGAAUUCUCUUUGGAGUUGCUCUUUUGUCGCUGUUAAAUCAGGAGCUUCAGUCUUUAUAUUGUCCAACACUUUGCCCCAAAGAACCGAUUUUUUUCUUUUGCCGCAAGAAAACUCUUGCUUCAUGUCCAGUCGACACCUGACCAAUAAUUUGGACUCAGCUGAACUUAAUUUUAUUCUAAAAAUAACAAAAAGAAAUAUUUAAUAUUUAAAUUACAUUGAAUUCUAUAUUAAAUAUCAAAUAUUGCGAAGUUUACUUACAUUUCGUUCUCCAUUUCAAAAUUUCAAAUUUUCGCGGCGAACGUGAUGCUUUCUCAUAAAAAGUAACAAUGCCGCAAUAUUUACUGAACGAACAC